UCAAAUUUGAAAUGGUGACAAACUGUCUUUUGUAGAUUGUACUAAAUGAUGCAGAAGUGCCACUGAGGAAAGAUUCAUAAUCUCUACACAGGGAAUUAUUUUUAAUAAAGUCAAUUUUAACUGGUUUGUUUUCCAGAGGCGACGCCAGGACCUUUGACGACCCAGGCGGCUGAAAGAACAACCAAAGACCAACCACUUCCUGUGACGGAGGCAGGAAAAAGGACAUUGGGUGACAUGAAGCCAAAUGGGGAAGAUUGUCUUCCUGAAUGGGUGCGAUAUGGAACCAGAUGCUUUAAACUCUUAACCACACCAAAGACCUGGAUCAAUGCCGAGAAAGAAUGUAAUGCAUUUAUUGCCAACCUCGCCUCCAUCCACAACCCGUGGGAACAUGAUUUUCUCUACAGCCUAGCGAAACAGACAAAUCAAGGAAUAGUUUGGAUCGGUGGCUCAGAUGCUGUUAAAACCUCUACAUGGUUAUGGAGUGAUGGAUCCAUAUUUGGUGGUUACACUAACUGGGGCAGUGGUGAGCCGAAUGGCUCGCAGGAAAGAUGCAUGGAAAUGAACUCUCAAGGGUGGAAUGAUCAAAAUUGUGACGACAGUCGUCCCUUCAUCUGUGGAACAAGACCAUUUGGACCAGUUUAACUCCCUUAAUCAAAGUGUUCUGUGUGUGUGGUCUUCUACAGUCAGCACAGGAUCACAAGUUUAUAACCUUUGUAGAUCAGAUGAAACUAUCAGAACCAAUGAUAACAUUUCUGUAUUCUGCAUUUGGAAAAUAAAGCAUUUCCUCUUAUGUC